ACUAGAGCGGAGGGUGUAGCUGCUGCAGUCAUGGCUCCCAGACCGCGUAUACCAGUGCAAUACUAAAAAAACUUGAAAAGAAAUGCAUUGUUCAUGUUUAAAACCGAGAAGUGCGAUUUUAGGAUCCAUAUUUACAGUUUCAGAUUAAAACCGUAGCUUUAUUUUUCUCUCCCUUAAACGCGAGCGAGCUAUGGAUGCGCAGGUUGCAAACCAUUGCAGCAUCAAGUCUGCAGCGAAAGCGAGCAGCCCGCAGAAUGCAGCUGAAAGCCGCAUCGAAAACGCACCGAAGAAGAAAUCCCGCACGAGAAGAGGCAGAAGAGGAAAGCGACGGAGGGGCAAGAAGGCCAACGAGCCCCCGCCGUUUCUGCCACCGGAGGCUGAAGAGGGAAACAUUGAAUACAAGUUGAAGCUGGUGAACCCCACGCAGUAUCGGUUCGAACACUUGGCCACGCAGUUGAAGUGGCGACUGCAGGAGGGCCGGGGGGAGGCCGUGUAUCAGAUUGGGGUGGAGGAUAACGGUCUGCUGGUUGGACUUACAGAAGAAGAUAUGAAAGCCUCACUCAAGACACUUCGCAGAAUGGCUGAGAAGGUUGGAGCCGAUAUCACGCUCCUGAGAGAUAGAGAAGUGGACUGCGAUAGAGCUCGACGGAAAAUCGCUGAAGUUCUUGUGCGGAAAGUUCCAGAUGACCAGCAGUUCCUGGAUCUCCGUGUGGCUGUUCUGGGUAACGUGGAUUCAGGCAAGUCAACUCUGCUGGGUGUGCUGACUCAGGGCGAGCUGGAUAACGGACGGGGCAGGGCCAGACUCAACCUCUUCAGACACCUGCAUGAGAUUCAAACGGGACGGACAUCCAGCAUCAGUUUUGAGAUCCUGGGCUUUAACAGCAAAGGAGAAGUCGUAAACUACAGUGACUCUCGCACAGCAGAGGAGAUCUGUGAGAGCUCUUCUAAGAUGAUCACUUUUAUUGACCUGGCUGGUCAUUAUAAGUACUUGAAGACCACAAUAUUUGGCCUGACAAGCUACUGCCCAGACUUUGCCAUGUUGGUGGUGGCAGCCAAUACUGGCAUUGCUGGCACAACAAGGGAGCACCUGGGUUUGGCGAUGGCGCUGAAGGUGCCCAUAUUCAUUGUGGUGAGUAAGGUGGACCUCUGCGGUAAAAGCACGGUGGAGAAAACGGUCCGCCAGUUGGAGAGAGUGCUCAAACUGCCCGGAUGCAACAAGGUCCCCAUGGUGGUGUCCAACCCUGAUGAUGCCGUCACGGCUGCUCAGCAGUUCGCACAAUCCUCCAGUGUGACGCCCAUCUUCACCCUCUCCAGUGUGUCUGGGGACAAUCUGGACCUUCUGAAGGUCUUUUUCAACAUUCUUCCGCCUCUGAGCAACAGCAAGGAGCAAGAGGAGCUCAUGCAGCAGCUCACAGAAUUCCAGGUGGAUGAGAUUUACAGUGUUCCUGAUGUAGGGACGGUAGUCGGAGGUACACUGUACAGUGGUGUGUGUCGUGAAGGAGACCGGCUGGUCGUGGGUCCCACUGAUGAUGGCCGGUUCCUGAGGUUGAAGGUGUGCAGUAUUCACAGGAAUCGCUCCGGCUGCCGCGUGCUGAGAGCCGGGCAGGCCGCCACUCUUGCACUCGGGAACUUCGAUCGCUCGUUACUACGAAAGGGCAUGGUCAUGGUGAGCCCCAAAAUGAACCCUACUAUUUGCUGGCAGUUUGAGGCUGCAAUAGUCCUCCUGUUCCAUGCCAAGACUUUCCGCCGUGGUUUCCAGGUCACGGUGCACGUGGGGAAUGUGAGGCAGACCGCCACUGUGGAGUGUCUCCUUGGAAAGGAGGAGCUGCGGACAGGAGAGAGAGCUGUAGUGUGUUUCAGAUUCUUAAAGCACCCUGAGUAUUUGCGUGUGGGAGCCAAGCUGCUCUUCAGAGAGGGGGUGACCAAAGGCAUCGGACACGUGACGCACCUCCUACCCUCCACCCAAAACUACGUGCCUGAUCAGAACCGCAACCAGAACCACAGUUAGACACAUUGGGAGUGAUACCAUGAAUCAAGAGGACAUUUGACUGCAGCUGCAGUCACUUGCCUUGAGUUUGCAUCCUCUAGUUCCAUUGUGCACCUUUCAUUUCCACUCUAUAGAUUUGCCAAUAAUUGCAGAUUUGUUUGUGUGUAAAUGCUCUCGACUCCUGUGACAUUUGGACGGUUUUGGUACAGUGAUUUACUGAUUAGAGUGUAUGUUUUCCAGGUGUAAUGGAGCAUGAAAACCUCUCCUCUUUUUGCACUAGUGCGUGUUUCACAUCUUAAGUUAAAGCUGGCUGACCUUUAGUGAAGCAUGUGGGAUUUCAAGUCACUAAGUUGGGUAUCUGGAGCAGAUUUCUGCAGGAACAACUCCUUGCCUGCAUCCUGCAUUUUAGAUAUGAGAACAUAAUAGUAGCAUUCAACUUCAGAUCCUAGGUAGUUUUAAAUAUGUGAUGUUACCCCAGUAGAUCUGAUGACAGUGAUUUACACAGGCAGGUCAGAAGCAAGAAUCUAAGGCCCUGUCCACAGAAACGCGGGAAUUUCAAAGCUGCAGCUUGUUCUAUGCGGUUUGGCCAUUCGUCCACACGCAAACGCCGCAGUAGGUCACUGAAACCAAAAUGUUUGAAAACUCCUGGCAGAGUGAAGAUUUUCAAAAACUCUGGUCGCAGUGUUAUCCUGGAGACAGGUUGAAAAACACAUAAAGUAUACUCCCAUUGAGCUCCCAUUUUUCGAUUUUACUGUUCUUUAUGAUGGUUGUUUGUCAGUGUGUAAAAUAUACAUAUUGUUGCGAAUAGUUUGGUUCUGUUGCCAGGUCAGCUGUACUACCUGAACUUCGUAGGUGGUUAAUAUUUGUCACAAAGGCGAAUGUGAACAUGAUACAUUAAGCCAGUGGUUUUCAACCUGUGGUCCGCGGCCCCCUAGUGGGCCACGGUGGUAUUGCAGGUGGGCCGCCAAUUAUUUUCUGUUCAUUUCCAGUCCAUUCUAGGGCUGUGCGAUUAAAAGAAAACGUCCUAAAAUCACGAUUUGAGCGUGCGCAUAUGCCUAACUCCAGGUUCACACACUGUCUGUGAUGCGCCUUUUUUCUGAGCCAAUGUUGAUCAGAGCGUUCUCACUGCGGUAAAAGGCUAGAAAUAAAAACGUGCGAAAAUAAUUCAUGUCUAACACAUGAGCAUAGAGUGAAUUUGUUAGUGAACAGGAUGCAGUUUAAGUGAGAGGAGACACGUUUUAAGUGUGCACACUCUCUCCUCGCAAAGCAGCGUGUAUCUGAGCAAGCACGACCGGUUUUGUGACAGAGCAAAGGAAAUCUGCUGCGAACAGAGAGAUUCGCACUUGUGCAUUAUUUUAAUGUGCUUUCGCGUUAUAUUUAUGCGCUCUCACUGCUGACCGCAUACACAUACUGUAUACACACUGCAAACACCUGAGGCACCGCUACAAUUAAUGAGCUCUAUGAACAAUGCAUGGCAAAAAAGAAAAAAAAGUCUCUGUAUACAGGAUUUUUAUUUAUUUAUUUUGCCACAAGUCUAUACAUUUUUUUACAUCUUCACUAUAGUGAUAAUUUUGACUUAUGUCUGUUCUAGAGAUGUUACAACUUUUUGAUAAAGCUCUGAUUGGUUUUCUUUUGGAAAUAUGUUUCAAAUUAAUCCUGAAUGCAUUUAUGACUGUAAAAGCACAAUUGCAAAAUUGAUCAAAAAAAUCGCGAUAGUUAUUUUUUUUUUUGUCCAUAUCGCACAGCCCUAGUUUAUUCAAUAAAUAUAGUUUAAAAUCUAGCUUCUGAGUACUAAGUUAUUAACCCAAGAAUAGCGGGGUCAGUUAAUUUUUUUGAAGUGGGCCGCGCAAACAUAUGUGUUUGGUUGUGUGGGCCACGAGUUGAAAAAGGUUGGGAACCACUGCAUUAAGCGAUAUUGUCUAUUGUCUGCACAAUACAGCGCAAAGCUGGCUGCAGACACAAAUGAAAACAGUUGUAACGGACAACAGUUAUUGCAUUCGAUGUUGUCAUUUUAUAGUUGUUCCAUUAUGAUCGAAAAAAAUGUUGAAAAAUGUCCUUACACAAAUUUUAGUGAACAAGAAACAAAAAUGUUAAUGGAACCUAAAACGCGCAGAUUUGAAUUUUAAUGAAUCGGAUAAUUCACAAAUAAUUUUACAAACACUUGACACUUUUAUUAUGUUUGAAUUUCAUGAAUAAACAACCACAGCCUUGUUUUUGUUCACGUAUUGUGGCAUCAUUUUGAUGCGUUAGUUGGUGCGUUGGAACAUCGCCCCCUAUCUUCAGGACAGGAAAGGAACAGAAAGGGAAUUUUUGGAGCUCUAGGGUUGUACGAACAGUCAGGCAUGAUUGGUUUUCCAGUAGCUUGAUUACAUUGUGCCUAGUUAUAGAUGCAUUCACAGAUGACUCCAAAAAAUGUUGUGCAUAUUGCACGAUUGUUUGUAAGCAAAUAUAAACAAGGUUUAGGUCAUUUCCAAUGGCUUACAGGUUUAACUGGGUUAAUAUUUUGGCAGCUUUGUGUGAUGGGCAUUUGUCUUGAGCAUGCACAGGAACCCAGCUAACCAUUGUGUCGUGUGCCCUGUUCACCCAUGAACUCCUAUUUUAGAUAUUGUGCAAUUAUAUAAACAUUGAAUGUACUGAUCAUAGAUAUAAUUGUACCAUUUGAAGUUAUGAAAAGAAUAAUGUGACCGCUAAUACAUAAAAGCUUAUUUCGAUUAACAGUAUUUAACCCUGGGCGUUAAGUCUUUAAACAUGAGCAGAACGCAUUUACAAGUGUAAAUAACUUGUAAAACCUUGUUUUUACAGAAUUUUUAACGAAGAAAUUUGUUCUGCUUUUGUUUAGGCAAUGAGGCCCAAUCGCUUUCAAAACUUCAUUUGUUGGUCAACAGUGCAUGUGGUGCUUACACAAAUAAUAAUUAAUAUUGUCUGCAGUGCAUCUGGUCGGCUUUACUACAUUUGAGAUCUAUCUUCAUUUCAUGUACUUCUGAAAAAAGUCCUCAAAAGCCUAGGAACCUAGGAUCUAUUACUUUGCUAUUAGUUCCUAUGUAAUAAAGAAUGUAUGUUUUAUUGUGCAAACCCUUUGUAGUUAAUUAAAGACAAGAAAUACAA